AUGGAGAUUUAUCAGUUUCCCAGUCGCCACUGCAGCACCCAGUUGAGUUCUUCAAAACCCAGAAUUCAAAAUCACAGAUUUCAGCAGCAUGGCUAUCAGGGAAAUGGCGUCAGCCUCUGUGGAUUGCAAUUGGGGUCUUGGAGUUCUCAAGCUUUUGGCCAUGGAUGUAGUUUGCAGUUGGGUAGAGUCAGACCCAGAAGCCGAAAACUCAAAGUUCUCUCCUUUGGGCAUGGUAGAAGCUCACUUCCCAAUGAUUGCAAGCUCAGUGGAUUGGGUUUAGGGUAUGGCAAAAGCAAAUUGUUUCAAGGGAGUCAUUUGGGGGGUUCAGAUUUUAGUAGGUACAGGCAUGGGAGAGUGGAAUUGGGGUUGGAUGAGGUGAAUUCGAGGAAUUUUAGUUUCGUUGUGAGGUCUAGUUCGACAUUGAGUGUGGAGAAAGAGGUGGAAAGGGAGGGAGGUGGCGGGAAGAAAAAUUAUGAUGCCAUUGUUAUAGGGUCAGGAAUUGGAGGGUUGGUUGCAGCAACACAAUUGGCUGUGAAGGGUGCAAAGGUUUUGGUUUUGGAGAAGUACGUGAUUCCUGGUGGGAGCUCUGGGUAUUAUGAGAGGGAUGGUUAUACUUUUGAUGUUGGAUCUUCUGUGAUGUUUGGGUUCAGCGAUAAGGGCAAUUUAAAUUUGAUAACCCAAGCACUGGCAGCUGUAGGUUGUGAGAUGCCGGUGAUACCUGAUCCGACUACUGUCCAUUACCAUCUACCUGAUAAUCUUUCUGUCGUAGUGCACAGAGAAUACAGUGAAUUUAUUUCAGAACUUACUAAUAAAUUUCCCCAUGAAAAGCAAGGGAUUCUCAAAUUCUAUGGUGUAUGUUGGAAGAUUUUCAAUGCCUUGAACUCAUUGGAACUGAAGUCACUUGAGGAGCCAAUCUACCUUUUUGGACAGUUCUUUCAAAAGCCUGUUGAAUGCUUGACACUUGCCUACUAUUUGCCUCAAAAUGCUGGGGAUAUAGCUCGCAAAUACAUUCAGGACCCCCAGCUGUUGUCUUUCAUAGAUGCAGAGUGUUUUAUUGUGAGUACAGUCAAGGCUUUGCAAACACCAAUGAUCAAUGCAAGCAUGGUUAUGUGUGAUAGGCAUUAUGGUGGGAUUAACUACCCUGUUGGUGGUGUUGGUGGAAUUGCAAAGUCCUUAGCAAAGGGUCUGGUAGACCAGGGCAGUGAGAUACUUUACAAGGCCAAUGUUACUAACAUCAUAGUUGAUCAGGGCAGAGCGGUUGGAGUAAGGCUUUCAGAUGGGAGGGAAUUCUUUGCAAAAACCAUAAUAUCAAAUGCUACAAGAUGGAAUACCUUUGGAAAACUGAUAAAAGCAGACCAGGUCCCGAAACAAGAGGAAGAUUUUCAGAAAGUUUAUGUUAAGGCCCCAUCUUUUCUUUCCAUUCACAUGGGGGUGAAAGCUGAGGUUUUGCCACCAGAAACAGAUUGCCACCAUUUUGUGCUUGAGGAUGAUUGGACGAGGUUAGAAGAGCCUUAUGGAAGUAUAUUUUUAAGCAUUCCAACUGUUCUUGAUUCAUCGUUGGCCCCAGAAGGACGCCAUAUUCUUCACAUAUUUACAACCUCUUCCAUAGAGGACUGGGAGGGACUCUCUCGAAAGGACUAUGAGGCAAAGAAGGAGCUUGUAGCAGAUGAAAUCAUUUGCAGAUUAGAGAAUAAACUAUUUCCAGGGCUCAAAUCGUCCAUCGUUUUUAAGGAGGUGGGAACACCAAAGACACACAGGCGGUACCUGGCUCGUGACAAGGGUACUUACGGACCAAUACCACGAAAUACUCCUAAGGGAUUAUUGGGAAUGCCAUUCAAUACCACCGCCAUAGAUGGUCUUUACUGUGUUGGUGAUAGCUGCUUUCCGGGACAAGGAGUUAUAGCCGUAUCCUUCUCAGGAGUAAUGUGUGCUCAUCGAGUAGCUGCUGAUAUUGGGCUUGAGAAGAAGUCACCAGUAUUGGAUGCUGCCCUCCUUCGACUACUUGGAUGGUUAAGGACAUUAGCGUGA